AAAACAGCUCCUUCCUCCAAGCUACAUCCUGGCACGCAAUCCGUUGUAAUGAGAUGGGACAGUUGAAAGGACACAUUGAACAUUUAUCUGGACGCUGUCAGGUCCGAACACUUCCUGCUCUGCUGAGUGACAAAUUGAAAUUUAACACUGAAGUUCAAACAGCAGUUAACAGCACUGUGUCAGAGAAAACUGAACAAAGUGUUAGGUCUUUUCCCUCUCUCCUCUUUAGGAAAUCUUAAUGUGUGCAUUUUUGCGAUGAUUUACGUGUGUCAUGUUUUUGGCCAUGUGGUGUGGAGAUUGCAAUAUCCGUAAGCUGAUCAAUCCACAGCUAUGAACCAAAAUUUUUGGAAAAAUAUUGAAUGAUUUGACAUUCCUGUUAUCCCGGGGAUGACUUUGAAAACAUUUGGUAAGCUCCUGGCUUUUAAUUCUCAGACUCUUAGCUUAACAGAUGUUUUGGCUUACUGCCGGAGGUCAGCCAUACACACGUGUCUGUAUGUGACUGAUUGGUGGGCUGCUCGAAGCUGCUUGUUCGCUGUCCUCUUCUACGUUUGCAGUAAAAAUUUGGGUCCAAGCACCAGGAGGUGCAAAAGCGCUAUUUCUUUGGGAAUGAGAGAUGCAUUGGGCUCGUGAGUUCACUUGAUGUCAGCACCCUCGGGGGCUGGGAAGAUCUGCAAAAUUAAAACCCAAUAACAGCUGAAACCUCCAACUACCAACCACAUCUAUGAGUACCCUCAUGUCCCUGCAGAGCAUAGAAUAGCUCAUUCUACUCAUUGUUUCAGAGCUAAAAGGAAGUGACUUAUUUCCAAAAUGGAGGGUGUGGCAGUGGACAAUUUAAUAGACUUUGACCUGCCCUCAGAGGCCACAGCUCUCAGCAUUGAUGGAGGCCAACACCAAGGCCAUACAGACAUUUUCUCACCAGAGCAGGCGCCUUCUGUGGGAGUCCACCAGCAGCCCUUACUGCCAGAGCCAAUGGCGCCAACCAAGCACCCACACCACCACCACCACCGCCACCACCACGACCAAGAGGAAGGAGACAAUGACAGCGAUGCUACAGAGUCGGCAGACAGCGAAAACGACAUGGACCCUCCCUCACAUAUGUGGGAGCUGAGGAGGUCUUCGUCUUCGUCCGUGCACAGUGGAGAGGACGCUGAGGCUGAGGCGGUAGAAAGGAGGCAGUUCAUGAAGGCGUAUGUGGAGAAGGUGUUUCAUGGAAAAGAGGACUUUGACCAGGAAGAGAAGGCUCGUUUUGGAGAGCUGUGCAGUGGAGAGAACGGCAAAGGCAGGGAGUGGUUCGCCAAAUAUGUCAGCGCUCAGCGCUGCCACUCUAAAUGUGUGAGUGAAGCCACCUUCUACAGACUGGUGCAGUCCUUUGCAGUUGUAUUGUUUGAAUGCUACCAGAUGGAUGACUACAGCCCAGCCAAAAACCUCAUGACAAUGUGCUUCACAUACUACUACAUUGGGAAGUCCCCGCCAUCUCCCUCAGAGUUGCUGGAUCGUGGUGGUCCUCCAGCUGGUAUGGACUCGUACAUCAACAAGGCCAACUCCUGGCUGUCUGUGAAGAAGGAUGCUGCUGAGCGCCUUCUCAAAAACACAUCCAAGACGGACGUCAAAGGCUUCUUUGGAGGCUUAGAGAGCAAGUUGAGGAGCUCAAUGGCUCCCAAGACUGAGGAUGGGGAAAGCCCAGUUGAGACAAAACCCAAAUCACCAGUGUCUGAGGGUCCAGAGGAAAAGAAAGGAGAGAAGGUGUACCUGUACACUCACCUGAAGCAGCAACCCAUCUGGCAUACACUAAGAUUUUGGAACGCUGCGUUUUUUGAUGCUGUCCAUUGUGAGAGGAAGAAAAGAUCACCAACCACAAGGGGGACGCAGGAUGAAGAGAAAGACGAGAGGGAGAAGUGGUGUCAUAUGACCCAGGAGGAGAGGGACGACAGCUCCAAAAUCGAUGAGAACAUUGCCUUCGGCCAGCUCGGGACAUUCACUCAUAACAUGCUGGCAUUUGGGCUCAGCAAGAAGCUCUGCAAUGACUUCCUGAAGAAGCAGGCGGUCAUUGGGAACCUGAAUGAAGAACAGUACAAGUUGCUGACUGACCACAUAGAGAAAAUGGCAGCAGAGUGAUUUGGACAACAGGCUGCAUUUCAAAGUCCCUUCAUACCAGACUGACAGCACACACAUCAACUAUUUCUUUGCAACCCAAUGUCGCAGUGACCAACUCGCCGUUUGACUGUUGUUGCAUUUGUGUGAUGCACUGCUGAAAAACACAAUAACCUACUGUACUGAACUGUGCCAUAGUUGUAGCAAACCCUGUUUAUCUAACUAGGUAGUGCUCCUUUUGCACCUUGCCCUGAAUCAGCAAUAAUACAACGUCCUCAGCUGCGGCAUAUUAUAAUAUCUAUAGUAUCUCUGUGACCUGCUUGACAAAAACUAGAAGCAUAAAGUGAAACCGUCCAGUAUAAAACCUAACCAGCCUCAGUAUAGUGUCAGACUCUCUGGAUUUAUACAUUAUACACAUGUUGUGUAAAUGAUAUAUUCUUGAAGCUGUUUUGCUCUGUGUUUCCUUGGUAACCACAUUUAUUAUGAUAGUGUAACAGCAUCUGAUGAAAUAUUGUACUAAAUAUCGUCCUGCCUUGUUACAUUUAUGUCUACACACAGUUAAAACAGGACUGUUGUAUAAUAGCACAUGCCAAUAUUAACCUAUAUAUUACUUAUAGUGUUUUACUGUGCUCUUCAGGUGGUACCAUCACAAAAUCGCUUAAGUUAAUUACUGAAUACUCGUCUGUGCUCUCUGUAGUAUCUAUAUGGCAAUACAAACAUAAACUACAGCUUUGAAAGAAGAAACAUGCAGCAUAAAACCUUAUCCCUGGCAUUUAAAAUGGCAGAGAGGAUAUUCUACCCAUGCCUUCUCUUAAAGAAAUAGUUUUGAGAAAUAGCCUUUUUUUUUGCUGUCUUGCAGAGAUAGACAAUAAGAUGUAUACACUACUCUCAUGUAUGUAUGCUAACUAUGAAGCUACAGUAAGGAGACAGUUAACUUAGCUUAGCAUAAAGUAUGGAAACAGGAAGAAACUUCUAGACUGGCUCCGUCCAGAAGGUGACAAACUCCACCUGCCAGUACCUCUGUGUGAAUUACUGAGUUUUAGAGCUGCUGGUAGGCGGAAAUUUGACCUUUGGCAGGCAAACUGGUCUCCCAUGUUGCCAGUCUUUAUGCUAAGCUAACAGUGAAAUCAAUCUUCUUGUUCUCUCAAUAUCAGCAAUGUCUUCCUUCUGAUUGCUUACUCAGAGAAAAAGUAAGCCCUAUUUCAAACCCAUUUUUGCCAUUUCUACUCUGGCAUACACUUACACUUGCUGCCCUAUGCUCCAGCUGGCACAAUAGGGUAUGAAUGAGUGAUACAUUUACACUCUCUAUGUCUUUAAUUAGAACCACGAUUAACCCUUAGGAUCAUUAGAGUACCACUUAUCUAUCCAAAGUGCCUUCCAUUAAAGUUGACGGGCCCUAUCUAUCACCUGGCGCAAAGCAGCACACAUCACCGAUAACUGUCAUAGCUAGUUUCAGACCAAUGCAGUGGUCAUUUUCACAUCCAGCACCCACAUUAUGCAGGUAGCAAAUGCGCUUGCGCCCAUCUCUGCGCUGAUGGGAGUGUUGGUCUUAAAAUUAGGUUUGUUCAUUAGUUAGUUUGCGCCAUUGACCAACAAAAACCUGGUGAUUAAUGCAAGCUGCCCCUCAGCACUUCAUCACUGCUGUGCUGUGUUUUCACUUUGUGCACGAGAGGAUCAAUCCGUCUCAGCAGAAAACCGAAGUUUAAUUGGUGAAUAAAUUCCCCGUAGGUUUGUAUGUGACCCAGGUGCGGAUAAGCGGUUAAGGAAUAUGAAUGAAUUAAUGCUUUAUCAAGAGCCUUUGCCCCUUGCUCCUUACUUUGCACCCACAGUAUGCGCCAUUUAAUUGGCAAAAAUGGAGUUGGACACACCCUAAAUGCCCUUACGCCAUACACUUUAGACCAUGCGCUAAAGGUGUUUUAAAUAGGGCCCUGUGUUUAUCUUCUGAUGCUACCCUCAACUGCCCUACCAAACACUAAUGCAGAGCCUGCAAUCAUCAAGUAUCUUCCUUUUCGGUGGUGGACCUGAGUAAUAAUUUAUUUUCAUUUUUAUUAACUUGGACCAUACUCAUUAUUUUCUAGACUGCUGCAUAUGUAUCUACCUGUCUGUCUACAGGUGCAUCUCAAUAAAUUGGAAUAUCAUAGAAAAGUUUUUUUAUGUCAGUAAUUCCAUUCAAAAAGUGGAAAUAACACAUAUAGAUCAAUUACACACAGAAUGAAACAUUUCAUGUCUGAAUUUAUUUGAUUUCUUCUAAUUAUAAUGAGUAUGGCCUACAUUUAAUGAAGACCUAAAAUUCUGUGUCUUUAAAAAAAAAAAUUAAAUUACAAAAGACCAAUUUUUCAAAGUAUGUUUAAUAUGGAAAUGUUGGCCUCUGAAAAGUAUGUCCAUCUAUUUGCAGUUCUUGAUCGUGGCUAUUUGACUGGAACCACUGGAAAUGGACUUUUCCAUGAUAUUUUAAUGUAUUGAGAUGCACCUGUAUCUAGCAUGUGCUAACAGCAUCAAGCACAUGUAAAAUGUGUGACUGAACUGUGAAGUGACAUUUUCUGAUGGUAUUACUUCAUCCUACCACUGCGGGGUAGCAUUGUGUCUUCAUUCAAAGAACUUCUCAGUGAGAGAUUCCUGAAUUCAAAAAGUCUUCUUAGCUUUAAUCUCAAGGAUAUAUCAUUUGUGUUUUUAAAUGAUAAACUCUGGCUAUCUAUGGCAAGAUGAUGCACUUUCUGGCCGGUUGAAUCCCAUUUUAGAUUGAUAAUAAGUUUUAAUCCAUUGUGUCAGUGAAGUCAUUUUGUGAAUACUGUACAUAUUUCUCUGCAUGUUGUAAGAAUUGAUCACGUGUGGCUGUUUGUGAAUUGAAUUGUCUCUAAUUGUAAAUGUAUAAAUGGUAGAUAUAAUUGUGCUGUGUGACCAUUGUGUCCAUGAGGAACAUCAAUGUUAAACUGUAGUUAUGACCCUGAAGUGCCCCUAUACAUCCAACCUCUGUUUGAUGUGCUCAUUCACAGUAUUUGAGCAACAUGCAGUAUAAUCAUGCAAAUGAUACAGAAAGCCUUGGAAACCUCUGUCCAUUUACAGUUUUUAUAGUGCAACUACUUUCCAUUAUUUCCGGUGUGUCUUUGCAUGUGCUCCUCGUCCAUUUCUAAACUUUUGAAACAUCAUGCACGGUGGCUAAACAUCCUUCAUGCCCUUCAUUGUCUUUUUCCUGUUGUGACCAUGUUGCAGCUUUUGUACAUCCCUCUAUCCUUCUAUCUUGAUCCCUAUAUUGUACUUGUUAGCUCAGCAUGAGCCAUUUGCACUACAUUUAGUAUCUCUACAUUCUAAUCUUCUGUAUAAUGUUACAUUGAUGCCUUUUGUAUUUGUUGUGCAUGGCCAGUGCAUGCUCUCUCACGAGCAUAUCUGUUGUUAAAUGUUGAUGGUCUUCUGUGUCCUGGAUGAAAAGACCAUUUAAGUGUAUUGACAGUGUGUCAAUUAUCAACCAAGUGAAAAUUGUCAUUAAAGUAGUAAAUUAA